GUGAUGACGUAGACGUUCAUAGCAACCAGCAUGGCGACGGGGAAGCUUCACUCUUUAUUCGUAUAAGCUAGUUGUUUACUUGGUUAUUUUACUGCUUUAAUAUGUUAACAAUGAAGAACCGCGAAGCAGAUGGGUGCGUCCGAGGUCUUCCUUCAUUACUGCGGAGUUUAUCUGAGGAAAAUGGGAUUCAAUGGAUUUAAAACGCAAAUGGAAUCGAGAACAAGGAGUGUAUCAUCUGGAUUAGGAUCCAGCACUGAACUGAGAGGGAAAACUUCAAAAAGUAGUUCUUUUUAUCCUCACUCCUCCACCCCAUUGACAAAGUCCAUAAUUAAAGACCACAUGCUGUCUCAUUACAAAAAGGUUUACUCAGCUAAAGCUGCCAUAGAUACCUCCGUACCCAAAAGCUUGUUGCAAAGUGUAAAAUACAAGGACCAGAUCAGGAAGGAGCAGCUGAGAAGAGCUGCUCGCCCUCAGUCAGCCCUCUCUUUCUCACAGAUAAACAGCAGAACCUCUUGCCCCUCAGCCCAGCAGUAUGAUGACCGCCCGUACCUCUGCUCCAGGAGCUCCAUCAUCUCCAGCUCAAAGUUCAACUCCUCCUUCAAUAACAAGGACAUAGUUUAUCCAUCAAAGAAAGUUGGUGCCCACUACAGCCGCCCGUCAUCAGAGAUGAAGUACCGGAGCCCAGAAGGUUUUCAUAGAAAGCAGUCAACAUUUUCACUGGGAGCUGUGAGAGAUCAGGAUUGUUACAAAGCCUUUCAGGACCCGGUCAAGAAGACGUACGGUGGAGACUUGCUACAAAAACAUUCACAGCACUUUACCCAAGCGAAGCCAUUCACUCCCAAAACUCUAAAAUCAGAUAAGAGUUCAUAUCUGUCCAAAUAUCGUUACUACAGAGCUCCAAAGAUUAAAUCUUCUCAGGAUGGCAGCAACUGGAUGCAACAGGAAAUGUGUGAGCAAAGCACAGAAAACAAGGAAUCCACACAAGAAUUUGAUGAGCCAUCUCAGGAAUGUUCUGCAGCACAUGAGUGGGUUGGUGACAAGGACAAUUACACAGACCCUUAUCUUUUUAGUUCUUUGUCCAGAGCCGUACCAGAAGACACGACACCUCCCUCCAGGAGCGGGAUAUCUGCAGAGGAAGAAGAGUUAAUGUACCUUGAAUUCAUUUCUGCUGUGACGGAAGAUAUAUUGUCCAAGGCGCACAUCUCUGACAGCAUCAUAGAUCGAGUGAUGAAUCGGCAUAUUGACAUGAAUCUGCAUCGACUGGAUGAGGGUAAAAUGUGCCACCUUCUGGAAGUGCUGCGUAAAGAAUUUGAACAGCCAGCCAGCACAGAGCCACCAAAGGAACUAAACGACUUAUCUCAUCCAGUAUUUUUACAUCUGCAGUCUGGGUGGGAACACGUAAAGACCGAAGAAGACCGCAAUGGUUUGACACAAUAUGGUGAUCUUUUACUGGAUUCUGCACUGUUAAGUCUUCCUGUAAGAACUUUUCCUUCAGCCAAAACGGAUGAGAAGGAGGAAGAGGGUGACACUGAUGAAAAGGAAACUGGUUCGACCUUGAUCAGUGAAGAUGCUGCUAGUAAUGAAGAUGGUAAUCAAGAGAGUGUCCUUCAAGUAGACACAACUGCAGUAAAUAUUCCUGAUGACAACUAUGUGCACACCAGGAUAGACGGUGAUCAGAAACAAGCUGACAUCCAGAAAGAUGGAGAAUCUGAAGAGCUUGAGUAUCUAGGAAGAACAUUAUCAGAGGUGUUACAUGUUUCCAGCAACACGCAAUCUGAGGAUGUAGAAACGGCUAACGGGCCACACACAAACAGUGAUGAUGAGUUCUGAGGUUUUGCUGUUCUCAGUAUUUAGUGUGUUUGGUUCCUAAAAGAGUAUUGUUGCAAAAAAGGGGAAAAUUAUGAAAUAUAGAUGGUUAAAAUAAUUCCACACUGGUUGUGUCCUGUUUUCUUUUUUGUUCCUCCUUCAAUUGUAUUGCAUGUUUUAUUUAUUUAUUUAUUAUUAUUUUUGGAAACUGUUAAAACUAUAUAUUAUUUGACAAUUUCUAAAAGCUAGAUGUGUGGAGUUAGUCCUAUUUUGAGCGCUGUGUAGCUGUAGAUAACAUUUUCAGUUAUGGAGAACUGUGAAAACCAUUGAUUUUGUGUAACGUGUAACCUGGCGUGUUCUUCUGUAGUCUGUAAAAACUAAUGUUUCUUUUUUCACCAGAGUCUUUAAACUGCAAUAAAUUGUUAGUUUUUAA